AUGACACAGACCGCUUUGACUCGGUCUACUACUUCGCUGAAGGGAUACUACUUACCCAACCCUAACAGAAAUGUUGCUGCAGAUAUUCUGAGAACGUACCUCCUCUCAAAACCAACACCGUCCUUGUGCUCGUAUCGGUCAUAUCGUCCUCGACUCUAUUCUUCACAAGCUACCCACCGAUCAGAUGGGCCAGACCGCUCUCCUGGGCCCAGCGUCGAACUGCUACCUGAAAAUGAGGGACGGAGCUCUUUUGAACGUCGAUCUAGACAAAGACUGGCAAACAAGGAGUUCUUCACCAGUCUCCUUAGCUCCGCAGCUACGAAGCGAGACGCAAAAGCGUUCAUAUCUCGGCUGAAAAGCCCUACCAAGACAUCCUCUUUGAAACAUCCUCCAUCUACCACCUCGACCAAAGGCCAGAGUCAGGUGAAUUUGGAUGACUUGUUUGGCCCAAGUCGAGCUGUGGAAGCUAGUCCUGUCUUUACCCAGUUCGAGAAGGAGUCAGGACAAACGGCAGAAGAGCAAGAGACCUUACACGUUGCUUUACUCAAGAUCAGCAAUGUCAGUUCCAUGUCUGACGAUAUCCUCGGGGGCAUAGCCAAGACUCUUUCGUCUCUAGCUCGGUUGAGCAUGGUGCCUUGUGUGGUGCUGGAGGAACCGGAACAGCUUGCUGGAACGACCCGCCACGAACAUUUACGCCAGACAGCUGACCGAUUGGUUACAGCCAUUGACAGCGUUAGCGAAUUUGGGGGUAGAAGGCUUGACAAUGUGUUGAGUUUUGAUUCAGAUGACCGGGCCCGGGUCUUCAUUCGAAAAAUUCUUACUCGUCCUCUACGCAGAAGCAAAAUUCCUGUGGUCGUGCCAAUUGCUUAUUCUGAAGAGCGCCAGCUCGCAGUAUCGGUUACGGCCGAUGAAGCUGUUCUGGCACUGACCAGAGAACUUGCAGGUCUCGACUUCAAACCCAGGACGGAUGAACAUCCCGAGAAAUUGGCUGAAAAACUGAUCACGUUGCACAAGCAGAUCUCCCUGGACAGGAUUAUUGUCAUUGACGAGACCGGAGCCAUUCCAAGCACGAAAUCCAUUGACCGGAAACAUGUUUUCGUCAACCUCGAUCAAGAAUAUUCGACAAUGCAGGAAGAAUUGCGAAGCUCUACGGACGGGGUUGUCUCUCCGAAACAUGCGUCCAAUUUGAAGUUGUUUCGGGAUACCCUAAAAAUGCUGCCGCAUUCAGCGUCAGGCCUCUUGACCACUCCGCUCGAAGCCGCAAACACAGCGAGGGCGUCGAACGAGGAUGUAUCCAAUGUCGGGACGAGACGACAAAAGAAUCCACUGAUUCAUAAUCUUUUGACCGACAAGCCUGCAUACUCAUCAUCUUUGCCUACUCGGCGACUGGGUCAUGAUAACCCAUUGGUAUCUGCAACAAGCUCCACCUUUAUCAAGCUCGGCAUGCCCUUGGUCAUGUUGCCUCAUCCUGACGUCCAGCCCUGGACGGCAGCGGGAAAGCCACGGCUGAAAUUGACCGACCCCAGUAUCGACCUCGAUCGACUCACCUAUCUGAUCGAGGACUCUUUCAAUAGAAAGCUUGAUGUCGACGCAUAUUUGAAGAGGGUGAAUGAUCGAAUAGCCGGAGUUAUCAUCGCGGGAGAAUACGAAGGCGGUGCAAUACUAACAUGGGAAACUCCGCAGGGCGUGUCUGACGGUGACACGGAUCGACUGGUGCCUUACCUGGACAAAUUUGCCGUGCUCAAGAAAAGUCAAGGGGCAGGAGGGGUCGCCGACAUAGUUUUCAACGCCAUGGUGAGAACAUGUUUCCCCAACGGCGUGUGUUGGCGAAGCAGGAAAGACAAUCCUGUUAACAAAUGGUACUUUGAACGGUCAGGGGGGACAUGGAAAAUCCCCGAGACCAACUGGACCAUGUUUUGGACAACUCCCGGGCUCUCGGACCCGGAUAAAAGCCAGACGUUCCUGGAUUAUGAGAGUGUCUGCCGAAAUAUCCAGCCAACCUGGGCUGACGGGAAGACAAUCCCGGACUAG